UUGCGGUCCCUGCAGGACUUGCGCAUCAAGAAAUGCACCAAUCUCUCAAAAUCAGAACCCAAAAUUUGAGAGAUCAGAAAAGAAAGAAAGAAAGAAAGAAGAAGCCAAAAUUUAAAUGAUGAGGAACAACAUGACAACGUUGACGCGAGGUGUUGUUCGAAACUUAUUAUUGACAACUAAGUCAAAAACACCUUCCUCCUUUUACAAUCGCUCCAUUUCUUCAACCUCCUCAUCAACCUUAACCGCAACAACUACAACGACAACAGCAAAAGCAGCAGCAAUACCGUCCGACGUCGUUUCGGACGCUGUACCUGACGUGGCCGAUGUCGAUGAAGAUGAAGAAGAAGAGGUGGUGUUCUCGAACACGGAGAAGACCGCGGUGGAACCCACUCUCCUUCAGCCACGUGUCCUCGUCUAUGACGGUGUCUGCCACCUUUGUCACGGAGGGGUGAAAUGGGUGAUUCAAGCAGACAAGUAUAAGAAAAUCAAGUAUUGUUGCGUUCAGUCAAAGGCUGCUGAACCAUACUUGCGAUUGUGUGGUCUUGAACGAGAGGAUGUUCUCCGUCGCUUUUUGUUCGUUGAAGGCCCUGGCUUGUAUCACCAAGCAUCAACUGCUGCCUUGAAAGUUAUGUCAUAUUUGCCGCUACCAUACUCUGCCUUAAGCGCACUCUUGGUAGUUCCAACUCCGCUUAGGGAUCCUGUCUACGAUUACAUUGCCAAGCGACGCUAUAAUUGGUUCGGGAAGAGUGAAGAUUGUUUAGUUUUGAAAGAGAAAGAGUUGCUUGAACGUUUCAUUGAUAGGGAAGAAAUGAUGGACCGGAGUUGAUCAGAUUUGUAACUAGCCAUCACCCAUGUUUUGCUUGUACAUGCCAGUUGCUAAUUAGCCAAGCCUAUUUUUGUCCAAACCAUGAGUUUUUUUACCCGAUGAUAAGAUACUACUGCAAUAAUAUUCAACACGCACUA